AUGGUUAUCAAACAUGGGAUCAGUCUGGACCCUCCUGAGAAUGUGGAGGUCUACAUCAUAGACGAUGACUUUACCCUAAGAUGGAACAGCAGCCACCAGUCUGCUGAGAAUGUAACAUUUUCAGCAGAUUAUCAAACACCCAUGGUGAAUAACUGGAUAAAGUUGCCUGGCUGUCAGCAUAUCAUGGGUACCGAGUGUGACUUUUCUGCACUCCAGAUCGAUGUUUAUGAAAACCUAAGACUGCGUAUAAGAGCGGAAAGAGGAAACAGCACUUCAUCAUGGCAUGAGGUUGACCCAUUUGUACCAUUUAUGAAAGCUCACGUUGGUGCUCCCCGAGUUCAUGUAGAAGCUGAAGAUAAGGCAAUAAUCAUCCAAAUCACUCGUCCUGGAAGAAAAGACAGCAACAUGUGGUGGAAUAUGGAUGAGUUAGCCUUCAUAUACUACAUAGUUCUGAGGGAAACGUCCUCAGGGAAUGAGAAAAGAACUAAAACUUUAUAUCGCAGACAUAAAUUUUUUCAGCUGUUACCGGAGACUUCCUAUUGUUUAAAAGUUACAGCAGAUUUACUUGUGCCCAUCAAAUUUGGAACCUCCAGCCCUGAGUAUUGCGUAAACACCACAGUGGAAAAUAAACUUCCUGCACCAGAAAAUAUAACUAUUGGUGGUAAAAAUGAGGGCUGUGUUGUGACGUGGGAUUACCCACAUGCUGACGUCACCUUCCAAGUUCAGUGGCUCUCUGCUUUGUCAAAAAGGCUUCUUGAGAACUACUCAGAAGACUGGAACCCAGUACCUGGCUGUGAAAACACCCAAGACACACUCUGUGUCCUUUCUAAAAAUAACUUUUCAGGAGGCAGUUACUUCAUCCGGAUCAGAGCCACUGAUGGAAAUAACACGUCUUUUUGGUCUGAAGAGAAGAAAAUUGAUUCUAAAACAUGCAUCCCCCUCCCUCCUCCCAACGUUACUGUGAAAUCCAACAAGGACUCGCUUGUUCUCUAUAUCAGUUUUCCAGAAAAUUUUGAUGUCUUCACAAAGAUGUAUGAAAUUAUUUUUUGGGAAAAUACUUCAAAUACUGAGAAAAAGAUGAUGCAAGAAAGUCCUGAAGUUACCAUUGGCGGCCUGAACCCGCUGACUGUCUACUGCGUGAGGGCCAGGGUGUACCUGGAGCCUCCGUGGCAGGAGAAGAGCGCCUACAGCCAUGUGGUGUGUAAGAAAACGAAGGCAGGAAAUUCUUCCACAGCCUGGAUUGUAGGUGGAAUUUUCAUCGUGAUGUUUGUUCUUUUCCUGAUUUAUCUAUUGAAAAGACUCGUGAGUUACAUAUUCUUCCCUUCACCUAAACCUCCUUCCAUUAUUAAUGAGUAUCACUCUGAACCACCAUCAAAGAAUCUUCUAUUUUCUACAUCAGAGGAACAAGUUGAAAGAUGUUCCAUCAUUGAAGAUGCAGGAAUCAUUGUGAUGGUAGAAAAAACAAUGAGUGAACCUGAUGAUCAUAAAACAUACAAUUCCCAAAGUAGUGAAGAUUCAGGCAAUUACUCCAAUGAGGAUGAAAGUUUGGAGAGGGGAACAAGUAGAGAAUUUCAGCAAAAGGAAGUCUUGUGACCAGACCGGAAGCCACCUCUGACCAUGGCUCGCUGCCCAGGGCCAUGCUGGAAUGUGCGCCUUGUAUCUCUCGGCCCAGAAGAGGAUGUCUGCCUCCUUCAGAAGAUACAUCUUCAGAUCUCAGGGCCUAAAAUACAAGCAAGCCCUGUAACUAUUGAAGAUGUAACACCAGGAGUUUGGAGAGGAGAAAAAUGUUCCACCUUCUUCCUACCUGGCCUGUCUUGGAUGAAACAAGUUAACUGAUGGAGGUGGCUGUUGGCUUUCAGUGGAAGCCGCCUAUAGGUGCUAAUUGUGUUUCAUGACUGGAGAGAGUAUCUGUGCACUGGCCAAUGCUGCUGUUUCCACAUCAGUCUUCUGCAGUUCUCCACUCCCACAUGUGGAGCUCACGGAACUUUUACCCACUUGAUCUUAUAACACUGACAUAAGGCCCUUAGGAAAUACCUUUAGGAAAGUCUGAAUACAAUUACCACCUGAUUAUGUGAAAAGUAGCCUGCCCCUAGAAGAUAGAAAAAUGAGCCUUUAAAAAUGCUUGGGGAAAUAGUAGCCAUUUAUCCUGAAAACACUGGCUUUCUAUGCACAGUCAACUAACCCUUUGCAGAGCUCAGGAUUCAAAUCAAGCAGUCUUUUUCUAUACAUUCAGACUGGCUAUCGGGUGCCAGUGGUUCACCCCUGUAAUCAGGAGGCUGAAACGGGAAGAUCCCACUUUGA